GGGGCCCUGCCCGGGAGCCCGAGGUGGGCGGCCUGCGGGAGGCGGCGGGCCUGGGGCUGAGCCUGGAGCGGUCCCGGCCCCGCAGGCCCUGGGAGCCCGGGGGAGGGGAGCCGCAGAGCCCCCGAGGGACGGACGCAGAGUCCCUUCCGGGGUCCUGGUAGUCCUGUGAAUCCUGGGGGGGCCUCGCCCCUGUUUCCUGAACCUCAGUGGGGACCACAGCCCCUCCCCACCCCGCAGGGACUCCAGGUCCCCCUCCUGAGCCGGGGGCAUCCCCCCAGCGCCCUUCUCUGGACCCCACUCUCUCUGAGCCACUAGUCCCUUCUCUGGGACCCAGGAGACUUUCUCUGGUCUCCUCUGAAUGGCCAGGGAGACACCCACCCCCUUUUCCUGAAGCCAAGCCAGGACUGUGCUGUCCCCUUCCGUGAUUGUGGGGGGGUCCACUGCCUUUUUGAGGCUCCAAAGGAGUUCUGAUCUCCUCUUCUGUACCCCAGAGGGGCCCCACCUUCUCCCUCCCGACACUCUGAGCCCAAAAGGAAGCUGGAGGCAUCUCCUCUCAAACACUCAGAGGACUUCAGCAACCUUCCCUGGGUACCCCAAACUCUAAGCCUUUGUGGGGUCCUCAGAUCCCUUUCCCCAGGACACCCAGCUUCCCUCUGGUGAUUCCUCCCAGUGGGGGCCCAAGUAGGGGGUGACUCAGCUAGUGCCCAGGCCUCCUUCCUCUGGAGCCCUCAUGUCCCCCUCCUAGAUACCCAGCUUCUAGCUCUGGGCCUUUGGGGUACCUUGCUUUUCCUCUGGGUCCCACCUUCCUUGCUGAGUUUCUGUGGCCUCCCAGGCCCUCCACUGAUUUAGAGGCUUUACUGGCCAGAGGCUCUGUUUUUUCCUCUUCUAAGCUGCAGAGGCACCUAGACUCCCCCGCUGGAGGUUCCAGGGAAGAUUCAGAUCUUCCUUUCUUGGAAUCCAUUGGAAACUGAGCCCUUCAUCUCCUUCAGGACCCCAGCCUGUCCCCACUCCCCACCUUAGGGCCCCUCCUCAGCUCUGCCUCCUUUGCACCUGUUCUGAGCCCCACCGGGGCCACGGCCUCUGGGAUGAUGAUGUGGUCCAACUUUUUCAUGCAAGAGGAGGACCGGCGGCGGCGGGAGGCUGUGGGCCGGCGGAGGGCUCAAGGGCAGCAUCAGCUGACCCCCGAGCGGGAGGGGAAGAUCAAGCUGGGGCUCCUGCUGAGCGCCGUGGGUGCCACGCUGGCUGUGCUGGCCGUGGGCACCGAGUUCUGGGUGGAGCUCAACACGUACAAGACCAAUGGCAGCGCCGUCUGCGAGGCUGCCCACCUGGGGCUGUGGAAGAUGUGCACCAAGCGGCUGUGGCAGGCCGACCUGCCGGAGGGCAGAGAUACCUGCGGCCCCGCAGAGCUGCCUGGAGAAGCAAACUGUACCUAUUUUAAAUUCUUUACCACGGGGGAGAAUGCACGCAUCUUCCAGAGAACCACAAAGAAAGAGGUGAAUCUGGCAGCUGCGGUGAUAGCAGUGCUAGGCUUGGCAGUCAUGGCCCUGGGGUGCCUUUGUAUCAUCAUGGUGCUCAGCAAAGGCGCAGAGUUCCUACUCCGAGUUGGAGCUGUCUGCUUUGGCCUCUCAGGCCUGCUGCUCCUGGUCAGCCUGGAGGUAUUUCGGCAUGCCGUGCAAGCCCUGCUGCAGAGAGUCAGCGACGAGAACCCCCCAGCCCCUGCCCUGACCUAUGAGUACUCCUGGUCCCUGGGCUGUGGCGUGGGGGCCAGCCUCGUUCUGCUGCUGGGAGCUGGCUGCUUUUUCCUGCUCACUUUGCCGACCUGGCCCUGGGGUUCACUCUGUCCUAAGCAGGGGCCCCGGGACACCUAGAGCAACCACUGUGCCUUCUCAAAGCUCCUUCUAAACUCUUCCUUUUCUCCAUUUUAUCCCUCAACCCCCACCCCCUGGAAAAACUGUGUUCUCCUUGUUGUGGGGCUCACAUGGUUUGCACAAACCUGCCUCUUCUGCCUCAUUGUUGCCCUUUGUGAAUAUGUUCUUUACUAUAGCUGAAUUGGGAUGCUCGGGGGUAGGAUGGGGAGAGGCUUUUUGCAAAUGAGGGUCCCCAGGGAAGGCUGGGAGGGAACUGAUGGGGUACCUAGGG